CGGAAUUAAAAAAAAAAACAAAACUCUGCCAGAGACAAAAAGGCCGAAUUCCGGCCGACGAGCUCGAACUCGCUGCUGUCCUCUUCUCAUACGGAAAGCAGAGGAUCCGACCCGAAAAGAUCGCCGAUGUCUUGAAAGCACUCGUCCGGGUUCCAGCUGGAGAAUCCGAACCCGAAAUCGUCGCCCGACCCGACCGCGCCGGUGAAAAAAUCCCCGCCGAUGAAAUCCUGGCUCAGGAGCCCCUCCACCGCCAGAUUGGUCUCGUCGAAGAUGUCCCGCAUCGAGCUCUUGAAAUCGUAGGCCUCGUCGGCGAAGAGCGCCUCCAUGGAAGAGAACUCGGAGGACUCCUCUUUCGCCGCCGUGAAUGUGCUCUGCGACUGUGAUUGUGAUUGCGAUUCGGCCUCUUCUUGCGACGACGGAGAGGGAAAACGGAGGGUUGAAGUGGGGGAACGGCUGCCGCCGCCGGCUGGCUUGCCGUCGUUGCGCGACUCCUCGGCGGAGUUGUAUUCUGAGCUGGAGGUAGGAGCGGUGGCGGUGGCCGGAGGCGGAGGAGGGGUGAGGAAGUUGGUGAGCGCGUCGGGUCCACGCAGCUGGACGGCCGCGUUGUCGUACACCAUCGCGGCUUCUUCGGCUGUAUCGUACGUACCUAACCAGAGCCUCACGCGCUUGAGCGGGUCUCUUAUCUCUGCCGCCCACUUCCCCCACGGCCGCCGCCGGACACCUCUGAACUUCCUCGCCGGCUCCGCCGGCCUCACUGACAAAUCUACUCCACCGGUGGAAGAUUUCGAUCUCCCGGCCUUCGACCUCGAGGUUCUCCUCCUCGCCCCCCAAACAGGGUCGUACGAAGAGCCGGCGCCGGAAACAGAGCAAGAGGACUCCACAGUAAUCUCGCUGACGAAUUUCUUCACCCUCCGCCGCUGCCCGGAAAACUCCGUCUCUCCCUCGUCACUGGACGAGUCGGUGGCAUCUGGGUCGGUGACAGAUAUUCUGACGACUUGAGUGGGCUUCGUCUCCGACGAGACAGAGUCGUCGGCGGGGAAAGAUGGACGGACGAGCUUGGUGCGAUUCCGAUACUCGCUGAACUUGACCGGCGCGGUGGAACGAACAUCGCCGGCGUGGGUAUCCAUUUCUUUUGCCCAAAAUUUGUUUGCACGAAUCUGUGGCUAUCAGUAAUUUGGCAUUUG